AUGAGCGAUACAACUAUAAUAGCAAGUGACUCAUUAGGAUAUGAUGGCAUGUAUGAAACGGAGAACUAUGCUGAUGGUAGCAGAGACAGUUGUUGUACUCGUAAUGGAGCUAAAAUUUGUGUUUGUAUCUUAGUUCUCUCUACAAUACUUAUAGUAAUUGCUGUGAUAUUUUUCAUAUUUGGACCAUACGAAUUGCAAAUAUUUCGAAAAUUAAAAGGACAGAAAAAUGGAAAAAAUUCUGGUUCGACAAAUUCUGGGCAAGGAUUUAUCAAUGCAAUGGCGGAUAUCUGGAGUAGUUCAUCAGAUACUGCAGACACAUCAUAUAAUGAUCCAUCAUAUGAUAAUAACAAUGAAAAUGCCAACGACUACUAA